UUCACUCACUUCACUCUGCUUUCCGAUCAACGAUUUUCUUCACACACUCUCACGCUUCGCUCUCAAUGCACUUCGGAACCUGUGCCGCUGGUGCACCACACCGUUGGGUGCACCUUCACCAGCAACACGGAAACAGAGAAUGGAUGCGAGUGAGAGCGACGGCGCGUGGAGGAAAAGAAGACGGAGACACCUCCUACUUGGAGAUGUGGAAGAAGGCGGUGGAGAGAGAGCGGAAGAGCGCGAACUUCAAGACAAUCGCCGAGCGCGUGGCCUCGACUCGUGAGGAAGGCACUGCGCAUGACGAUUUGGAGAAGAAGACCAGCGAGUUCAACAAGCUUCUCCAAAUCCCUUCCGAAGAGCGCGACCGCGUUCAGCGGAUGCAGGUCAUCGACCGCGCUGCCGCUGCCAUCGCAGCCGCCAAGGCACUCAUUCAAGAUCGCGGUACUGCCGGUUCUGGCGACAGCGACGGUGGCGACGGCGACAACGGCGACCACGAACGACAGCGCGAAUUGGAUUCGGGAAUCGGAGUGCGGAGUGGAGUUAUUCCUGUGCAAGAGUCAGCAGCUCAGGGAAAUGGUGUGCCUGGCCCUGAUUUUUGGUCCUGGACUCCUCCCGUGGAGAGCGACCUUCCCUCAGGUGAAGACAGUGGGUUGCAGUUAAAUACCAAGGCUUCCGUUCGUCCAACUUUGCCCAGUGCAGUUGUGGAGAAGGAGCGGACACCGCAAUUUCUCUCUAUUCCAUUUGAGAGUUUACUUUCUCGGAGCGAACAGAGUGACACUCUUCCACCAUUUCAGUCACUUUUAGAGGUUGAGAAAGCGGAAUCUGCAUCUGAACAACAGUUAAGUUCCUCGUCGCUUACCCUGGAAGAGGAACAGUUACUUGGUGAAUCUUCUUCUGGCUAUGCCGAAGAAGCAGCACAUGCCCUUAGUGAGGCCAAUAAAUGGUCACCCAUUGGAGUGAAUCCGGAUGGAUCAAGAUGGUGGAAAGACACCGGAAUUGAGCGAAGACCAGAUGGCGUGAUCUGCAGAUGGACAAUGACCAGAGGUGUUAGUGCAGACACAGAGAUUGAGUGGCAAGAGAAGUACUGGGAGGCUUCUGAUGAUUUUGGCUAUAAGGAACUUGGUUCUGAGAAAUCUGGCCGUGACGCAUAUGGAAAUGUUUGGCGUGAAUUUUGGAGAGAAUCCAUGAGUCAGGAAGAUGGGCUUAUGAACUUUGAGAAAACUGCAGACAAGUGGGGAAGUAAUGGUAAAGGUAAUGAGUGGCAGGAAAAAUGGGGGGAACGCUACAAUGCCGCUGGUCAAUCAGAAAAAUGGGCAGACAAGUGGUGCAGUAUUGACCCAAACACACCACUUGCUCCAGGGCACGCCCAUGUUUGGCAUGAAAGGUGGGGCGGGAAAUAUGACGGGUAUGGUGGGAGCAUAAAAUACACUGACAAAUGGGCGGAACGAUCAGUGGACGGUGGAUGGGAGAAAUGGGGUGACAAAUGGGAUGAAAACUUUGAUCCAAAUGCAAACGGCGUGAAGCAGGGAGAGAGCUGGUGGGAAGGUAAGCAUGGAGAACGCUGGAACCGAACCUGGGGUGAGCAUCACAAUGGCACUGGUUGGAUUCACAAGUACGGCAAGAGCAGUUCUGGGGAACACUGGGACACACACGUCAAUGAAGAAACCUGGUACGAGAGAUUCCCUCAUUAUGGCUUCUUUCACUGCUACGAAAACUCCGUCCAGCUCAGGCAAGUUCCCAAACCUUCUGAAAUUCAGGAAGUUCCCAAACCUUCUGAAAUGGAAGUUCCCAAAUCAGAGAUACAGCAAGUUCAGGAGCCUUGAUUACCCAAAAAUCAUCUUGUAGAAUAAAUACUGUGUUCUUGUUUCCGAUACAACAGACAAAGAUAUAUACAUACUCUAUUUCACUCGUACAAUUUGUUUCACUCGUA